UGUAUCUUUCCCCUCUGAAUCCCUACCAUAGAAUCUCUCCCAAAAUAGCCACCUCUCAGCUCUCAACCUCUCCGUCCUUGCUUUAGAUGAAAAUAUAUUAUUCGUUGAUCCCUGUCUCCUCAGUAACACCGAGCAUCACUCUCGCUCGCACAUGGGUGGUGCGCCUUCUUGCAACCCAUUCACCACAUUUUUCUUAUUCUUCUUCGUCCUCCACGCCACAAUCAUACUCCUUGCAGGGUCUGCUGCUGCUGCUGCAGAAACCCCGUCUUCAGCUUUGACCGUUGAUGACGAAGGCGAGGGAAAAUCUCCUCCUCCUCCGCCGCCAUUGGAAAGUCGCCGUGGUGGAGGAGGGAGGGGGUCUCCGUUUAAGCCGAGCGUGGUCGUUCUAGUGGGGGUGAUGACCACCUUGUUUUUUCUUACCUUUCUUCUUCUUCUCUAUGUUAAACACUGCAAGCCCGAGGAGGAACCCCUGAGGAAUUCACAUACAAGCGCUGCCUAUUCAGGGAGGAAGAACUCCGGCAUUGACAGGGCGGUGAUCGAGUCAUUACCCAUUUUCAGAUUCGGAUCGUUGAGGGGCCAAAAAGAUGGGCUCGAAUGCGCCGUUUGUCUGACCCGGUAUGAGUCCGUGGAGGUUCUUCGGCUGCUUCCAAAAUGCAAGCACGCUUUCCAUGUCGAAUGCGUGGAUACAUGGCUGGACGCACAUUCCACUUGUCCGCUCUGCCGGUACCGGGUCGACCCAGAAGACAUUCUCCUGGUGGGGGAGGCGAAAGUUUGGCCGCAGAAUCAACCCAUUCCACCGAUACAAGAGAUCUCUGAAAGUCCGGAGCAUUGUGCAGACAAUGACAUAGAGAGCGGCCUGGGACUGGAUUCACAGAAUCGGCUCGAUUCAAACUCGAUUCUCAGACGAGUCUCCGGGAGGCACUCAUCCGUAGGGGAAAGAGGAGGAGGAGGGGGCAAUAGUGGGUUCUUUAAGAUUAUAUUGCAGCAUCGAAUCAGCGUGGAUGGUGAAGCGUCGACGACGCCGCAGUAUAAGAAAACGGCACCGUUUAGGAUGUCGCUGGACAGUGCAAUGUCGACAAAGAGAAAGAGGAACGAGGCCGGUAAAGAAAGACAAGGUAGUGAGUGUGAUGGCCCGAGAAAAGACGGAUUACUUCUGACAGAAAAGGAGAAGCAGCACAGGUUGGAACACAGGAUCAUAGUGUCUCCGUCUCAAAAGCCCAACGUGCUUCAUCAGAGGUGGAGCGACGUACAUCCGUCGGACUUACUAUACCUAACGUCGGAGAGGAUACUGAGCGAGGAAGGCCACAGACCAUCGUGUUCCUCCUCAGGGCCGUCGCUGUCGCGGCGGCGACAGCAACAGGAUAGGCAGCCGCCGAUGUGGCGGAGCAUGGGAGAGAACAGUAUGAGAAGCGCGUCGGAAAUCACGGGUCUGAGCAGGCAGGGGAGAGAGGAAGGGGAGCAACGGCGGGCAGAAGAAGAAGAGAGACAGGUGGGAGUAGUAUCGAGAUGGUUAGCGUGGAUCUCUCAGUCGCAACGAUCUGUACGGUAGCUAUUGAAUUCUCGCCUUGUCUAGUCUCAGCUCAUAAGGAGAAUGCUCUUUCUGACAAAAGGUACUGCCCAUUGAAUUGUAGUUGUAACUCUAGCUUUGGCUCAGCGUUCUAGGGGUAGAGAAACAAGAGGGCAAAAUUCACAAAUUCAAACUUUCCAUCCAUCCAUUAUUUUCACAGAAA